AUGGAAAAGUAAAAAUUAUUAUGUUGUAAGUAAUUUUUAAGAUAACAAUUAUAAGCAAAAUUAUAAUUAUAAUAGAAAAUUAUGAAAUCUCUUACAAACUAUAAAAAAUUACACGAAAUAGUGGAGGAAAAAAGAUAGUAUGAAUUUAAAAUAUUAUAGUAUAAAUAACUUAAUUUUAAAAUCAUCUUCUAAUGUAACAUACUUACUUUUAUGA